UUACAAUUAAUAUAAGAUAUUUAUGUUAUAUCAAGUCAGAUUACGCUAUAAAAUUUGUAAAAAAAGAAUUGUCGUAUAAUGCAUGUUUGCUAUAAUUUUCUUAUCGAUCUGUAUAGUGUAGCAGGGGAUAUGUACGAGCGUUCUUGAGAGCCACCUCCUUUAUCCCCACUACUAUCCUCGAGUCCCGGGAUGGAAUCAAUAUGAAAGCUCCCGCGAAGCUUCCGUCUUCGAUGAAAAGCACUUUAACACGGACAAUAAGAUUGGUCGUGAGUUCGAUAGACUUCCUUUGCCUAUAAUAAUGAUCGAGUGUUCGCGCGAAGUAGUUCGUCGAUUUAUUUGAAGGAUUGAUCGUUUCGAGUGAGCGCACUCUCACGCGGGAAAGAAAGUUAAAGGAGAAUUUUUCGGAAGGGGUGAAAACAACGACCCUUUAAUCGAGUUCAAAAUAGGGCUGGUGUAAAGAGAGAAUGAAGGGUACGAAAAAAGUGCGCUUCUCAAGAUCGCGUUCCUUGGGUGUGUCAUAGGGAUAAUUUUAAAGAUACGAAAAAAGAGAUAGAAGAAAGAAAUAAAGAGAGAAAGAUUUAGCAACAGAAUGUUGAUCCUAAUCAUCACCAUUUUAACGGUAGCUCGUACGAUCAUCGCUUCGUUACCACCUUCUGAUGAGAACGACAAUGUCCUUCAUAUCGGUGGUAUUUUCCCGAUAAAUGGAGAGGGUGGCUGGCAGGGUGGUCAGGCAUGUAUGCCAGCCGUGAAUUUGGCAUUAGAUGAUGUUAAUCGUGAAAAGAAUUUGUUGCCUGGUUUCAUUCUGAAAUUACACUCAAAUGACAGCGAGUGCGAACCUGGCCUUGGUGCCUCGGUAAUGUACAAUUUGCUCUACUACAAGCCGCAUAAACUGAUGCUCUUGGCCGGAUGUAGUACGGUUUGUACUACUGUUGCUGAAGCAGCGAAAAUGUGGAACUUGGUUGUCCUAUGUUAUGGUGCCUCGUCGCCAGCUUUAUCAGACAGGAAUCGAUUCCCGACUUUAUUCAGGACACAUCCAUCCGCCACCGUGCAUAACCCCACGAGAAUCAAACUCCUACAAAAAUUCGGCUGGUCGCGUGUUGCCAUAUUGCAGCAAGCCGAGGAAGUGUUCAUUUCUACAGUAGAAGAUCUAGAAGCACGCUGUAAAGAAGCAGGAAUAGAAAUAGUCACACGUCAGAGCUUCCUCUCUGAUCCUUCGGACGCUGUGAGGAAUCUACGUAGACAAGAUGCUAGAAUAAUCGUCGGUCUCUUUUAUGUAGUAGCUGCGAGGAGAGUACUUUGUGAAUUGUAUCGUCACAAUCUUUAUGGGAAGAGUUACGUUUGGUUUUUCAUCGGAUGGUAUGAGGACAAUUGGUUCGAGGUGAAUCUCGAUAAAGAGAAUAUCGUUUGUACUAAGGAACAAAUGAGACAAGCUGCUGAAGGUCAUUUAACGACCGAGGCUCUCAUGUGGAAUCAAAAUAACGAUACGACUAUCAGCGGUAUGACGUCGGAAGAUUUCAGACAAAGAUUGAACAAAAUGUUAAAGGACGAUGGAUAUGAGAUCGAUAACAAUCGGUAUCCCGAAGGUUAUCAGGAAGCUCCACUCGCGUAUGACGCUGUUUGGUCUGUAGCAUUAGCCUUUAACAAAACUAUGGAGAAGUUAAGUAAACUCGGCAAGAGCUUGAAGAACUUUACCUACACCGACAAGGAAAUCGCCGAUGAGAUUUAUUCGGCUAUCAACUCGACGCAAUUUCUAGGAGUUUCCGGAUACGUAGCUUUUAGUUCGCAAGGUGACAGGAUAGCAUUGACACAAAUCGAGCAAGUAAUCGAUGGAAAGUACGUUAAGUUAGGAUAUUAUGAUACGCAAAGCGAUAAUCUUACAUGGCGAAACAUGGAGCGUUGGAUAGGUGGGAAAGUACCUCAAGAUAGAACGAUAGUAAGGACGGUGCUAAGAACGGUAUCACUGCCUUUAUUCAUAUGUAUGGGAACUAUAUCGUCUGUCGGGAUUGUUAUAGCUAUUGUAUUGAUUAUUUUUAACGUCUGGAACAGGCAUCGAAGGGUGAUUAUGUCUUCUCAUCCGGUAUGUAACACGAUCAUGCUGGCGGGUGUGAUAGCCUGUUUCAUAUCUGUAUUUCUUCUUGGAAUCGAUGGCAGAUUCGUUUCACCAGGUGAAUAUCCAGGAGUUUGUCAGGCGAGAGCCUGGAUGUUAUCUACCGGUUUUACUCUUGCGUUCGGUGCUAUGUUCAGUAAAGUAUGGCGAGUUCACAGACUCACCACCAAAACGAAAGCCGAUCAGGCAAAAAAGAAGAUUCAACCGUGGAAGCUGUAUACGAUGGUAAGCGGAUUAUUGGCAAUCGACAUCGUACUGCUUAGCACAUGGCAAGGAUUCCAUCCUUUGCAAAGACAAAUCGAGGUUUUCCCAUUGGAAUCACCUCCAACCGGAGACGACGAUGCGAGAAUAAGACCAGAAUUAGAGCAUUGCGAGAGCGAACAUAAUAGCAUAUGGUUGGGGAUGAUCUAUGGUUACAAAGGUGUUAUACUGGUCUUUGGAUUAUUCUUAGCAUACGAAACGAGAAGUAUCAAAGUGAAACAAAUCAAUGAUUCUAGAUACGUAGGCAUGUCAAUUUAUAACGUAGUUGUAUUAUGCCUGAUAACAGCCCCUGUUACAAUGGUUAUAGCCAGUCAACAAGAUGCCAGUUUUGCUUUCGUAGCAUUAGCAAUUAUAUUUUGUUGCUUUCUCAGCAUGGCGUUGAUCUUUGUACCGAAGGUUAUAGAAGUGAUUAGACAUCCUAGGGACAAGGCAGAAUCAAAAUAUAAUCCUGACGUAGGAUUGUCAAAGGAGGACGAAGAAAAAUAUCAAAAAUUAUUGAGUGAGAAUGAUGAACUACAAAAACUCAUUGCCGAGAAGGAAGAGAAAAUAAAGCUUUUGAAACAGAAGCUUGCCGAACGUGAUGCAUUGAAAGGAGGGGGUGGAAAUAUUGGAAAGGAUUCCUUGAUCGUAGCCGAUUUUGUAACCGGCGAGGGAACUUCGGACAGUGCAAUCGGUGGGGGUAUUUCUGUUAAUACAAGAUCCUCGCGAGCUUCCGCUUCCGAUUUUGAGUUGUCGGAAUCGUACUUAUAAACUCCAAUCAAUUCAACCUCAUUUCAUUCGGAGACGUUUCGAGUAGACCAAAGUUUUGUGUAUUUUUUUUUACCAAAACUAUGGUAUCAUGCAAUAGUUAUUGUCGGCGGUAUUCCACGUAUGUACCACAAAUAAAAGAUACUGUUACCUCUCAAGAAAAAGGUAAGAGAAAGAAAAUAAUAGUAAAGGAAAAAGUCGAAUUUUGUGUUAAAAUUAGUAAGCAUGCGAUGCUCGACGUCUACUUGCCUAGAUUCGUACGAAUGCUACUUCUACGAAAACGUAUUCUAGAUUUCUAUAUUCGUGUAAAUGUGUAAAUGUUGAACCGUCUGAAGUAUCCGAUAUCGCCCAUGCGCGUAAAUACGUGGUCGAAUUCGUAACUUCGUGUAAGUAGAAAACUCGAUUAAACGUCAUUUGAAAUUCUAAUUUGAUGAUAAAUGGAUCAAAUCUCGGCCUAGACCAUUUCAAGCCGUUCUCUCGCCCUUUCUCUUUCUCUAUAACGACUACAGUAUUCUUUUUCCAAGUUAUUAUACGGUUGGAGAUGAAUGAUAAAAUAUUCGAUACGACAUGAAAUAUUUGAAUCGAUGCUCGAAAAUGAUGCAUACGCAAUAUACAAAAUAAUACAAAGUAUCAAACAAAAAAAAAGAAACAUACAGACCAUAGCACAAUUUCUCAUUUGAUAUUACCUUAUGGAAUUCAAUCUUAAGGACCAACCAUACAUGUUAAAUAUAUUCCUUGAUCGAAAUAUUGAUUUUCGAUAUCUGAUAUACACCUAUAUAUUAUUUUGGACAAUUUUUCAUUUAUAAAUGUAGGAGCAAGCACCUCCAUUUCUAAUAAGUAGGCAUUCGUGAGAAGGUUGACCUGAGGGUUUGAAUAAUUUAAUGGUUAGAAAAUCGAAAGAUCUGGGUUCGAAUCACCUAUCAAAUCACCCAAGGGUCCAACUUUUUUUUGCAAAUCCUACAUAAAAUGUAAAUUUGUAAUUAUUCAAAUUACUGACCAGGUCAAAAAUUCCCCGGGUCCAAAGAAAUAACUUAUAUCCGAUCGUUUUUUGACGAUAAAAUUCGACAGAAGAUACAAAAUAUUUAUUUAUUUAUUCUUGCACAAUCGAAAGUUGAAUCUAUACAAAUAGGAUAAAGAGAUGUGGUAGGUUUCUUUGUCACCAAAACGAAUUUCUAUCUCUGUGACAUCAAAUAUCGUUUAUUACCGAACAGAUAAAUUAUGUGAAACAAUUGCAGUUAAAUCUCGUUAGACAAUACUCGUUAUUCUUUAUUUGCUAACCGAUGUAAACCUCAUGAAGUCUGCUCCCAAAUUUUGUAACGUUUAAAUUUAACGCUUUCGCGCUAAUAAUUGAUAUUGCUAAUUAUUUGCAAGUAAAACAAAUAUUGACAAAAAAAAAAAAAAUGCUAACGAGAUUUAAACGCUAGUCCGACCAUUCAUAAAUAAUUUGGGAGUCUUGAUGAGGUAUGUUAUUGUAAUUUUAUCGUCCACGAUAUAAAUAUUUCUUAUUUUAUAAAGAAAUUCACAUUGUACAUUUGAUACUUGCAUUAUUAUUUAUGAAUGGCUAUACUUCUUUAGGAUUUUCUCGCUAUAUUUCAAGGAUAUGGUUUCUGACUUCUUGUUUCUAGAUACGGACAACAUCGGCUGAUUACAAGAAUAUCAUCAGCUACAAUGUCAAAGCAAUAUGCACGAACGGGCUAAAAGUUUACGACAAAGCUAUCUUCUAAAAUUUAGUAUUAAGCAUAUCUGUGCAAUCUUUACUCGAUUUUAAAAGCUUUUUUUUUUGUAUUGGGCAGGAACAAAUGUUAUCCAUAAUUCCGAAAUACAAUUUUAUCAGUUAAUAUGGUAAGAACUGUCCACUCUCAUAAUUGUAUAAUUUACUAAAAAAAGAAGAACUGUUUCGCAUCUCUAAAACGUGAUAACGCGAUUUAACUGCAAUUUGCAAAUUAUUGUUAUUAUCCUCAUCGUCGUCGUCGUCAUCGUCGUCGUUGUCGUCGUCGUUGUCGUCGUCGUCAUUAUCAUCAUCAUCACUAUCAUCAUCGUUAUCAACAUCAUUAUCAUUAUCAUCAUCAUUAUUAUCGUGUACGUACAACGUAGAUUAAAACGUAAACUAUAAAUACAAAAGUUGGAACGUGCGUGUUUUAUCGGUUGAUCUGCGCUUUCUUUAGAAAUUUCAAUUAAAAAAAUAAUUAAUUUCGUUAUAUCGUGAGCAUAUCCACAAUAUUUUUUAUUGUAUCUCAUUUAUUUAGGGUCAAGUAAACAACAUGCUCAAAUUGUAUAUUUAUGAUAGCAUUAUCAAAAUGUUGAAGAAAGUAUCUUAUAUGUACGUUGGUAUAUGUGAAGAUAUUUAUUUUUAAGUUUUUCAAUUAUAAACUUCGUUAAAAACUC